CACAAUUUUGAGAGACUGCCAUUCCACUCCGUCUCUUCUGCUUGGUGCUUGUGCUGAUGAAUGGUUGAUGGUUGUGUUGAUUUCUCUCUUGCUCUCAUCACAUUAUUCAUCCAUUCCACAACAACAAAACAAACAACACUGCCAUCAUGAUGCUCGUACCAGUUGGACUAGUUGGAUUCAAGUAUUGGGAUAAACACCAUCGUCGUCGGAGUGCAGACACGGCACAAGAACCUCCGACGUUCCGAGAGUUUUUGGAGACGUACAUGUACUACCCAGACGAAGAACAAGAACCAGACAACGACAGUAAGAACAAAGAAUCGGUUAUGAGGAAACAGAAGACUGCCAAACCAGACAAUCCGCAAGUGGCCAGCGCCAUUCUGUCGGAACUCUGUCAAGUCUUGGAACCCAACACUAAACGCAACAACAAAAUUGCAGUAGAGGAGUGGACCAUGUCGGUGACAUCCUCCUACUCCUUUUCCACCGCAGAAGAUGACGAUGACGAUGAACCAAACAGUGACGGAGAGGAAGAGUCAUUGGCGGGGGAGUGCAUCCUCUCGGUGAUGGAUGGCUUGUUGGAAUAUGAAUCCGAAGAGGAAGCCCAACACGAAGAAGAAAUCGACUGUGGAAGGAUUUAUGGCGACGUGGUAGUAACCACUCCAUCGCCGCCACGGCGCAACAAGAAAAGACAAGGCAUACCACCAAAACCACAACAAGUAGUGUCAUGGACUCCAUCCUUUGGAUCGAGGCUCUACUGAUGAGUGAGCCACAAAAAACAAUCCGUGUACACACACUCACAAUCAAUCAAUCAUACAGUAGAGAUGGAAAGAGUGCCUCAAUACAAACACAAGCAUCGUUUCAUCAUCAUUACAGCGCCCAUUUCUGCCAAUUGUCAUUCCAGAGUCACCAUUUUAUAUUUUACAUUUUGUUACAGCAAGAUAACCCAGUACCUUACCAUAAGUGUUGUCCAUAAGUAAUGUGCGUUUUUAGACAAGUACUCAACCAACUUACUUGGUGCAUGUAUGUAUAUAUGUUCUAUCAGAGUGGAUUGGAGUUCAAGCCAAGCCAAGAUGCUGUUGUGAGCAAUGAAGAGAUGGCCUUGGAAGUCAUUUGUUGACAUUGAAGGCAGCAAAAGGUGGAGGUUCAAAACUUGAGAAAUUCUGAAGAUUGUUGGGUGAUGUGAUACCGUAGUAGUAUUGUCAAGGUACUGUAGUUGAUUUGGUAAUAUAAGGUAGUUUGUAAUUUCUCCUUGUUUC